UUUAAAGGUCUGGGUGGGAGGAAAGGACUUUCCUUCUGUGAAGAGUCAUAGAUCUGUGAAGUAAUCUUAAAACUGUUGGGAAUCAAGGAGAGAGAUCUCAGUCCAUCUUGAGUUUCUAGGGGCUCCCAGAACUUCCAGGCUAUUCCCAUUUCUGGGCCCCUCUGCUUGAGAUGCGGGAAGGGAGGAAGCUGCUGGGAAAAGGGGGAAGUAUGCCUUCCUUUGGAGUGUUGGAACUGCAAGGCAUUAGCUCCCCUCCCUUUGCCCCUAACACCUCUAUUCUCACCACUCCUUCGGCCUUUCUCUGUCCUCAGGGCCCAGGACUGGUGGCAUCUCUGGGAACCGUGCCCCAAUUUAAAGCAGAGCGAGACGCCUUAGAGCCAGAGCCGGAGCCAGAGCCCCAAGGGAGCGGGAGCCGCCAUGCCGCCGGGGCCCUCGCCCCCAUCUCUGCUGCUGCUGCUGUUGCUGCUGGUGACCGGGCUGUGGGCGGCAGCCGGAGGUGGGGCUGGUGGGGCAGGAUACGCGCAAGUGAAGUACGUGCAGCCCAUGGUGAAAGGACCCGCCGGCCCCCCCUUCCGGGAGGGCAAGGGCCAAUACCUGGAACUGCCACCGCCAAUGUUGCCAAUGGACCUGAAAGGAGAACCUGGUCCACCUGGGAAGCCUGGCCCCCGGGGCCCUCCAGGCCCUCCUGGCUACCCAGGAAAGCCAGGGACAGGCAAGCCAGGCCUGCAUGGCCAGCCAGGUCCUGCUGGCCCUCCUGGCUUCUCUAGGGUGGGGAAGCCAGGUGUCCCCGGUGUCCCAGGCAAAGUGGGCAGCAAGGGGGAACCAGGUCCUAAGGGUGAGCCAGGCCUUCGGGGGGACCAAGGCCUUCGAGGACUGCCAGGGCCCCCUGGACUUCCAGGCCCAUCAGGCAUUGCUGUCACUGGCAAACCAGGCCCACAGGGUGCUCUGGGUCCACAAGGCUUUAGGGGGGAACCAGGACCCAGAGGAGAACCAGGACCUCGAGGAGAAAGGGGCCUCAAGGGUGACAAUGGGGUGGGCACACCAGGCCAGCCAGGUGUCCCAGGCAAUGGGGGUCCCCCUGGCCCUCCAGGUCCUCCGGGCCCCAUGGGUUUGGGCAAACCAGGCCUGGAUGGGAUUCCAGGUGCCCCAGGAGAUAAAGGAGCCACUGGGGCCCCUGGGGGACCAGGACAAACUGGGGAACCAGGGGCCCUGGGGCCAAGGGGACCUCCAGGACUAGAUGGCAUUGGGGUGCCUGGAGCAGUAGGUGUGCCUGGGCCCCAGGGGCCUGUGGGUGCAAAGGGGGAACCUGGGAUCAGGGGCCUUCCUGGUUUGCCAGGCCCUACAGGCUAUGGGAAGCCAGGGCUCCCAGGUCUCAAAGGAGAAAGGGGCCCAGCAGGGGUCCCUGGAGGGCUGGGUGACACAGGUGAGCCAGGAGAGGAUGGUGAGCCAGGUGAGCCAGGGCCUCAGGGCCUUACAGGCCCUCCUGGCCUUCCUGGAUCCAUGGGACUACCAGGGAGGCAUGGGCUACCAGGUCCUAAAGGGGAGGCAGGACCAAGUGGGCCUCCAGGGGUGCCUGGGAUCCGAGGAGAUCAGGGGCCAAGUGGUAUUGUGGGAAAACCUGGAGUUGUUGGAGAGAGAGGAUUACCUGGGACACAGGGACCUCCAGGGCCAAGUGGGCCCAAGGGAGAGCCAGGCAUUGUUGGGCUUCCUGGGGGGCCAGGGGCAGCAGGAGGGCUGGGACAGAAAGGGGAGGUAGGUCUCCCAGGCCAGCCUGGUCUGAGGGGACCCUCAGGGAUUCCUGGACUUCAGGGACCAUCAGGUCCCAUCGGGCCCCAGGGUCUUCCAGGCCUGAAAGGGGAGCCAGGCCUCCAAGGUCCCCCAGGGGAAGGAAGGGUGGGAGAACCAGGCUUAGCUGGACCUACAGGGCCCCCUGGCAUCCCUGGAAACCCAGGUCUCAAUGGUCCCCCAGGGCCUCCAGGGCCCCCGGGUCCACCUGGGCCCCCGGGGAGUUUGGACGAGAUGGGUAUUGCAGGGCUGCACUUGCCCAAUGGUGGGGUUGAGGGGGCAGUGCUGGGCAAUGGCAGAGGGGCCAAGCCCCAGUCUGGCCUUGGGGAACUUUCAGUCGGCGUUGCCCCAGCCUUUACUGCUGUGCUCACUUCACCCUUCCCAGCUUCAGGGAUGCCAGUCAAGUUUGACCGGACAUUGUACAAUGGCCACAGUGGUUACAACCCUGCCACAGGCAUCUUCACUUGCCCCAUUGGUGGUGUCUAUUACUUUGCUUACCACGUGCAUGUCAAGGGCACCAGCGUCUGGGUGGCUCUCUAUAAGAACAAUGUUCCUGCCACCUACACUUAUGAUGAGUACAAGAAAGGCUACCUGGACCAGGCGUCAGGAGGGGCUGUGCUGGAGCUGCGCACUAAUGACCAGGUGUGGGUGCAGAUGCCCUCAGACCAAGCCAACGGCCUCUAUUCCACCGAGUACAUCCACUCGUCCUUCUCUGGCUUCUUGCUCUGCCCCACAUAACAGGCCAGGGACCCACGGCCACCAACUACCCCUCCCACACCCAUCUUUAGUAGUAGUGUUAUUUUUUAAUUAAAAGCAAAGGACCAGAUGGUUAGAGAAGACACUGGGAGAUGGCAGUGGCUAGAGGAGACCUGCUUUCUUCUUCCGAUUGUUUCUGAAAGAGACUGAUCCUUGAGGAGGCUUUGC